UUUGACUUGUGGUUUAUGACUGCUCUAUGUAUCAGGCAGGUUACCAUGAUAGGUCUGGAAUUCAGAAAUAUUUUUAUAUAGAGUUUGUAUUAAAAUAAGAGGAUGGAUAACUUUGUUCCUCCUUGAAAAGCAACUGUGUGUUUAGCAUACCAUUGUGUAUGAAAUCUGUUUAGGACAGUAUCUAGAAGAGUGUUUUUUCCCCCUAGUUUGUAAUAUGUUUUCAUUAAGAAAAUUUAGUUAGACUCCUGGUAAAUUUAAAGUAUACCAAAAUUCUUGCCAGGUCCAGCUCCCAGACAAGUUAAGUUAAACAUGCCAAAAAUUAAAACACUAUAUCAAGACGAAUGUGGACUAAAAUGUGGUAUUAGCUGUAGAGUACUACUUGUUACAGAGGUGAAGCCUGGGGAAUGCUGAAGUUGCUUUACGCUGAAGGUUAUUCAUCAGGGAAUGUUAGAAUAAGAUUUUCUGCAGCCAUUGUGGAAAGAGGUGGUCGGAUGCCUUAAUUCAGUACGUUAUUUGAAACAAUACAGGAACGCUUCUAGUUCCCCUUUGUGUGGGAUUUAGAAACCUAGCUUACUGUAACAAAUACUGCAAGUAGCUAUUUAUGUUCCAUUACAGUGACUGUUACUCUCUAAUUUGUUAAACUUCUAUUUAGACAUCAGAACAUAUAAACUACUGCAAAUUAUUAACAAUCUACUUCAAAAGAAUGUCAAAACUUUCUAUAGAGAAUUUUUAAUUUAGUUGCUGUAAUGCUUUCUUGGCUCUAGUUGUUGAACUUGUGGCAGUGAUUGGCUAUCUGCUGAAGCAAAAGUCCUUGAAAUGACAAAAGCUGUUGUAACCUGAAAGAAUGUAUAGAAAGUAAAGGGUUAAGAAUUGAAAUAUGUUAAUUAAAGGCAAAUGGUGAUUACUGUGUGCCUAGCAAAUAGCACCUACUCAGUUUUUAAGACACAUUCUGCUGUACUCUGAGAGAGCCUGGUUUGAGGAGUUAAGGUUUCUAGAGUUAUAAAACUUCCUACAGAUCUAACCAUGUUCUCCUGAUUCAGAUGUCAGGCAUAAUUUUGCAUUAAUAUUUGCAAAUAAAUCUAUCAAUAAUUGCAUUAUAAGUGGGGUUUUUUUAUAUGUUUAAUAAAAAUAUGUAAAAUAUUGGUGAAAAUCGAGUGAUAUAAUGGCUGAGUAUCAGCCCUUGGGUAGGUUACUUUCUAUACCAAAAACUUUGUCACUGAUCAGUUCCAGUAGUUUAGAAAGUCAAAACUGUCACCCUUUAAACCCAGUUUUGAAAGAGAAACUUGUUCAAUCUUUUCUGGCUUUUCUUUUGGGAGGAGUGUGAGUGUAAGCUUGAUUCAGGAAAGAGGUAUUUCAGAAGGUGACACUUUGUAGCUGGAAUAAGUUGUAGCUUGGAAGAAAACCAACUAUCUCCUAGCACGGAAGUAUUGAGAGCAUUAAAAUACAUGAAAAAUGUUUUAGAGAGUCAACAGAGCAUCACAGUAUAAUACAGUGAGGAUGACAAUUUAUAUAAAAACAAUUGACUCUGGAAUAUAUGGCUGUCUGGAUAGCCAAACAUAAUUAUGCAUAAGUACUUCUGAAAUGUAGUUUUGACUGCUGGCAAGAUGCAGUAUUCCUUAGGGCAAAUGAGUUUGGCAGCUUUUUUUGUUUUACAAAUGGGGAUGAUGUUAUUUUGCUAGAUCAGUACUAAAUGAAAGCUGUCUAUGGUGGAAACAUAAAGGAUGGAAAUUUGGAGGUGUUUCUUUUUAGGGCAUAAUAUAAAGCUCAGUCUUUGUGAGCUUUAUGGUAGUAGGAUUAGAGGUGUAAAAAUAUUGUAGAUUAAUCUUAAUUUGUACUGUUUUCUAGUGCCCAAGAUGUAUGCAGUGUGAUACAAAAUUUGACUUCAUAACUAGAAAGCACCACUGCCGAAGAUGUGGGAAGUGUUUCUGUGACAAGUGCUGCAGUAAAAAAGUGCCUCUGCCUCGCAUGUGCUUCGUGGACCCUGUGCGCCAGUGUGCUGAAUGUGCUCUCAUCUCUCAGAAAGAAACAGAGUUUUAUGACAAACAGCUUAAAGUACUAAUGAAUGGUGCUACAUUCUUUGUAACUCUGGGAACAUCUGAUAAAUCUGAGCUCAUGGUUUGUCGCCUUUCCAACAAUCAGAGAUACCUGGUUUUGGAUGGAGACAGCCACUAUGAAAUUGAAAUUAUACAGAUUUCAACUGUUCAGAUACUUACAGAAGGAUUUACUCCUGGAGAUUUUAGAGUAUUUCAGGAUGAACUUGAAUAUGAUUUCACUGAAAUGAGAACAAACAAGGUCAGGAAUUUUCAUAAUUGUUCUUUAGCAACACCUCUGUCACUUCUGGAGUUGUCCAAUUGGACAGUCUGUCUGUGCAACAGUCAGUCAGUACAGCAUGUUAACUUCAAUAACUUGUCUUGGUCUUCAAAUCAACCAGAUGUGUUGCUGAGUUACUUAAUGCUCCUCUAAUUCCUUGUACACUACUCUUCUGACGGCUUUAUCUUUUUGCCUGCCUGCCUGCCUUCUUGAUGGUAGAAAAAGAUAUUCACACUUACACCAGCCUUCUGGAGAGCCAGCAUAUUACUGAAGGUAUCCCCAGUACCUGUGAGCAUGACUCACCUGAGCAUGUUGUCAUGGCCCCCCUCCUGUCUUUCUUCCUCUGCAGUGCUGUUUGUUUUGUUUGAUCUAUAGCUGUUCAACUUAUGUUCAAAUCUGACGUGUCUGUUCCUUCCCAUCUGUCCUGUUUAAUAAACUGAGAAUGAAUGUUUUUUGUAACUUUUUGAAGGAUGAAAACUCUCAAGGCCACCUCUAGACCACAUGUGCUAUUGUCCGUGCUAGAAGAGGAGAGGCAAGAUGAGGAAGUGUCUUUAGUGGUACACAGUAUUGUGCAUGCAUCACCUCCUCCAGCAGAGGUGUGCUGAACUGUGUAUACCAGAAAUGAAUAAUAUACUACUUGUGUACUGGCCAGUAAGGCUUUGCACUGAACAAAUAAACUGUUAAUUAAUGGCUUGCUUUUAUACAUCUUUUAAAAAAAAUAAGACCUCUUAAGCUGUUAGUCUGACCAGGUAGAUGCAGGGGAGGGAAUGAUGAAGUUGUAUUUUGAUUUAUCCUAGAAGAGGAGCAAAUAACUACUUUAAUAACACUGCUUGUGUGCUUUUGAUCAGGUUACUUAGACUGAAAUUGUCUUUGUUUAGCUUAUUGGAUAUUACAGUAAAGGCCUCCAGGAGCCCCCUCAUGCAGACACUUCUCUUUAUGAAGAGCUUUGCGAAAAGUGUCUGUCUGUGUAUGGCGGUGUUCUUCCUGAGGCUUAGUUUAUGUUCUACUACUUCAGGAAAUAAUGCCAAUGAAGUGUGGUUUUCUAAACAGAGUUUUUGUUUCACUUCUGUAUUUUUGCUUUGGUUUAUCUUAAUCUCUGUGCAGCUAGAGUAAAAGAUACAAACAUCUUCCUAUCACAGUGUUGUCAGAGCAAUGUCUUUCGUAGCUGAUUUCCUUCAGGAAGUAAAUGAUGUUGCCAGACGUGAUCUAAUCUUGUGUAAACAUCUUUCCCAACCUUUGCCGGUUUUGGAGGGAGUUCUGACUGCUAUGCCAGGCUUUGUAUCAAGCUGGGCUACCCUUUGGUAUCAGUCUAACUGGAUAUUAGUAAUUCAGUUUACAAACUGUAGGCUAUAGUGUGAAAGUAUGGCAUCUACUUAAGAGAAGACUUGGUAACAUUAAACCAUGAGGCUACUCCUAGUGUGUGUAGCUAGUGGCUUUACCUGGGGGCUUAUAUAAGUUCUGCCUCAGUGAUUGUCAGAAAGAAUUAAAGAAUGUUGAGUCUGCACAUGCCAUUGCCUGGCACUAACACCCGUGGUCACUGCUGCCUCUGGCAUGGCAGCAGUUAGUGCACCCGCAGUUGCUAGUGCUUUGAAUUAAGUGAUGAGAUCGUUUUCUUCAAACAUGCUUAUUAGCUAGAAGUUGGGUUACUUGGUAAAGCCUGUUGCUGUUCAAGAUUUUAUUUCU